UUUAAAAAAUAUUGGGAAAUUCAAGGCAGAAUAAAAAAGAUGGAUCUUUCUUCUUUGGAUAUAUACAUUGUCAUUACUCGUAUAUGAUAUUGAAAUUAACUUCUUAUUUUUUUGAUCUUGGGGGCAUCUACCAAGCUGCAGCGAAGAAGCACGACUGUUUUUUAGUCCUACAAACUGGACUUUUUGCCUAUGAAGAUGAAGGCCCUAGUGCAGGUAACUUGGAUGUUUAUUCUUGCCUUUUCCUGCGUUUCGACGCAGAUGCGUUAUACUGUAUUGGAAGAGAAAGAACCCCGCACGUACAUAGGCAAUGUGGCUACCGAUAUGUCUUUAAAAAUUAAAACACUGCCUCAUAGAAAUGUUCAUAUAGUUUCUUCUACCCAGAGCCAAUAUUUUGAUAUAGAACCAGUGACUGGGAAGCUUCUAAUAAAAGACCGCAUAGACCGAGAGCAGCUCUGUGGAAUAAACAGUGUAUGCCUUGUGAAUAUUGAAAUUAUGUUAGAAAAUCCAAUUGAACUGUAUCAUGUAGAAAUUAAUAUAUUAGACAUCAAUGACAACCCACCAGUAUUUGCAGAACAUGAAAUCGUACUAAAUAUUUCUGAAAAUGUAGCGCCAGGGGCCAUAUUCCGCGUGGAACGGGCCUAUGACCCAGAUAUUGGUACCAACUCUGUCCGAGCGUAUCAGCUUAGUGAAAACAAACAUUUUAUUCUAAGAAAUCCCAAUCUCAAGGACAGUAACGAGUUUCCAGAGCUUGUACUUGAAAGAGCACUGGACAGAGAACAAGAGAAGACGCAUUUGCUUAUAAUGACCGUUUAUGAUGGGGGGUACCAGCAGCAUUCUGCUGUGGCUAGGAUUAUAAUCAAUAUCUUAGACGCCAAUGACAAUCCUCCUGUAUUCAGCCAGAGCCAGUAUGUCGUAACCCUGGAAGAAAAUGCUCCAAAAGGGAGUUUAGUCAUUAAAUUAAAUGCCACCGAUUUAGAUGAGGGUACAAACGCUGAAAUAAUUUACUCUUUCUGUGCUAGUACUGCACAAAAAGCGCAAGGGAUUUUUAGGUUGGAGUCUGUUACUGGUGCUAUCACUUUAAGUGAUUCACUGGAUUUUGAAGAAGUCAAUAAAUAUGAACUGUACAUAUGUGCCAUGGACAAAGGACAAAACGCAGAACCUGUCCACUGCACAGUAUUAGUAGAGAUUGUCGAUGUAAAUGACAACAGCCCACAAAUUACUGUAAAGUCUGCAUCACAUUCAGUCCCAGAGGAUGCGCCUUUAGGUACUGUAGUCGCCAUUAUUAAUGUUGGAGAUAAAGACGCUGGUGCUAAUGGUCGUGUUAGCUGUAGGGUUUCUGAUAAUCUUACAUUUCAGCUGAAGCCCUCCCGAAAUAAUUACUACAGUCUUGUAACUAGUGAUCUUUUGGAUCGAGAGCUGGCACCAGAGUAUAAGGUGUCAAUAUGGGCUAGUGAUCAUGGGUAUCCAGUCCGAUCAGCGUAUAAAACUGUCGAUAUCAAAGUGGACGAUGUCAAUGAUAACCCACCCAGGUUUUCUGAAGUCACUUAUGAGGUAUAUGUCACAGAAAAUAAUGUUCCAGGGACAAUAGUUGGUAAGGUAACUGCACAGGAUUCUGACUUCGGUCGGAAUGCACAAUUAUCUUAUUUGCUCGUAGGGGACCAAAUAAAGGGUGAACCCUUAUCUACAUAUUUUUCUGUGGGCGCAGAAAAUGGUGCAAUUUAUGCGUUGACUUCCUUGGAUUAUGAGAAAAUUAGAGAGUAUGAGUUUCAUAUACAUGCCCAAGAUGGUGGUGUCCCACAGCUAAGCGGAUCGGCCAUAAUAAAUGUGUAUGUAAUUGAUACAAAUGAUAAUGCCCCAGAAAUAUUGUAUCCUUUCCCUGGGAAAGGCUCAGAGGUAACAAACAGAAUACCCAGGUCUUCGAAUGCGGGAUAUUUAGUAGCGAAAGUAUUAGCAGUUGAUGCCGAUGAUGGUCAUAAUGCUUGGCUUUCUUAUCAUCUGCUUAAAUCAGAUGUACCCGAUCUCUUCAGUAUCUCGAAAUACACAGGAGAAAUACGAAUUGCAAGACAAUUUCAAAGUAAUGACUCCUCAGCUCAUAUUCUUACAGUCAUGGUUAAAGACAAUGGACGACCAGUACUAUCAGCCACAACUGUUUUACACUUGGUACUGAUGGACAGUGAUCCAGAAGUUCUUCCAAAAGUCAAUAGACAGUUCAGCAGUCAGGAAGGAUUCUCUGAUCUUAACGUGUAUUUAAUAAUUUGCUUACUAUCGGUAAUUUUUUUAUUCUUUGCUGUCCUUUCUAUAACAGUUGUAUUACGGUGCUACAGCACUUCAAACUUCGAUCUCGGGAUUAAUUUAUGUUGCAGAUUUGGUCGAUGCCAGCAAACUAGUAACUUUGUACAACCUCAAGGACAUCAGAGUCUUCAGACAUAUGUGGAAGUGCAUGGAAGCAGUUCUCUUUAUAAGGUCGACACUUACAGAAUGUCUGUACCUCGAAGACUGAAAGACGAUUUUAUUACAAUUGACUACCCAACUGCAAAUAAUUCAAAUCUUUCUCAGCAGUUUCAGCAAACGUGUCUUCUUUGGGAUGACAGCGCUGCACCCCUUUCACAUCCCGGGGUAAGAGCAGAUACCUACUUUCUUGUUUAGUUAUGCACCUAUCCAG